GGCUAGUAUUAUGUUCUUAAAAUGAGAGGCCCUCCUCCAUUCAUUCCUAAACCGGUAAACCCUUAUCAAGCAGCGGAUCGGAAAUGAAACACUCAUCAAUCUUCAGAACCAUACGGCUCUGCAUUCGUCGUGAUGCUAAGCUCCUUUCCCGUAAUAACCCAAUCCCUAUCUACUUUCCCCCACAGCAACUCUCCACUCGCCCUUCCUUUUUUAUCGACAAUCGUUACUUCUGCAGCGAAAAUCCCAACCCUAAUUCCCCAAUUCCUCAGCCAAAUUCGGAGCAACUGGAUACCGUGUCUUCCCUAGCUCCCCACCUCAGCAAUGAAGCAUUGAAGAAGAAGAUUGAGCGGCUCGUUGACGGGGAUGGAGAAGCGAUUCCCGAAAUAUUUGAAGCCAUAUUAAAGAGGAAGCUUAGCGGUAAAAGUGACAAGGAAGAUGAGGAGCUGAUGAAAUAUAUUCGGAGCAAUCCUAAACCCGACCAGGAUUUUAAUCCUCUUUGUCCAACACGCAGCAACCGCAGGCUUCCAUUUCUGCUGAGGGUGUUUCUUCUUCGAUGGUAUCAACCAUGGCGUCCGUUUCUUUUACAUCGAUGCAGCCUCUCGUCACCUUUACAUCGGUGCAGUCUCCUGUCAUCACAAUGCAAGCGGUAUCAUCCAUGACGCCCUCGUUCAGUCUACCAGCAUUGUCUUCAUAUGCCCCGUUUAACAUGCCAGAACCGUUUACGUGGACGCCGACUCCAUCUGUUCCGCAGGACCUGUUUCCAGUCACUGUCCCUAGGUUUCCCGCCACCCCUAUUGACUCUACUCCGUCUUCGGUCGUUCCCUCCUCCUUGGCAGUCCUCCCAUGAGGUUAGUCCACCCUCUCCCAGUUCGUCAUUACCCUCCCCUCCCUCCGGUCAGUCCUCCCCUAGGGCCAGUUUGUCUACUAUCCCUCAAAAUAUUCAUCCCAUGCACACCCGUGCCAAGGACGGCAUCUUCAAACCUAAGACUAUUUUAUCCCUCAAUACGGUGGAGUGCCCCCUGGUCGGUCCUACUUGUUUUUCUUAGGCUAAUAAAAGUUUAAAAUGGCGGGCGGUCAUGGCUAAUGAAUUUAAUGCUCUCAUUGCUAAUAAAACGUGAGAUUUAGUACCUUGUGAUCACACUAACAAUGUGAUUGGCGGUAAAUGGAUUUAUAAAACGAAAUACAAUUCUGACGGGUCUGUUGAGCGUCACAAAGCUUGUUUGGUAGCUCAAGGGUUUAAACAGCAGGUUGUGGUAAACUUGUCAGAAACUUUUUGUCCUUUGGUAAAACCCAGUAGUGUUCGUCUUCUAUUAUUUGUUGCUGCUUCUUUUGGUUGGGGGGUGCGUCAGUUAGAUGUUAAAAAUGCAUUUUUACAGGGUUACUUGACUGAAGAGGUCUAUAUGCGUCAGCCAUCGGGUUUUGUUCAUCCCUCUUUUCCUAAUCAUAUUUGUCCUUUAUGCAAAAGCUCUCUAUGAGCUCAAACAAGCCCCUCGUGCAUGGUUUCAUAUGUUUAGUGAUUUUCUUUUGAGUCAUGGUUUUGGUCAAAGUAAGUCUGAGUCAUCUAUCUUUUUCUUUCGUCGUGUGUCAUAUAUAAUCUACAUUUUUCUAUGUCUUGAUGAUAUUCUUAUUACGGGUAAUUUGCCAUCUCUUGUUGCGUCUUUUAUCUCCAAGCUUUCCAACGUGUUUGACAUGAAGGAUUUGGGAGACAUCCAUUACUUCAUAGGUAUUCAAACUCUCAUGAAGUGUCUUUUCUUAUCACAACAAAAAUAUAUUUUUGAUCUAUUGAGGUGCUUUCACCUUCACACUGUCAAACAUGUUCGUUCGCCUCUUCCCCAGUACCACAUUAUCCCUGACUGAUGAAGAGCUUCUCAAUGAUAGUACUGAAUGUCACAGUAUGGUAGGUGCCAUACAGUAUUUGAUUAUUACUAGACCUGAUAUUACCUAUGCUAUUACCUAUGCUGUUCAUUUGGCGUCUCAAUUUAUGCAUGCUCCCCGCACCACUCACUUAUUAGCUAUCAAGCGUAUUUACAGAUACUUGCAGGGUACCAUCACUUAGGGUUUAUGGCUACAGAAGGGUGGUGAUACCUCUCUUAUUAUUGCUUACUCAGAUGCAAAUUGGGCACAUUGUCUAGAUAGUCGUCGGUCUACUACAUGUUAUGCCAUCUUUUGGGGGGAUAAUCUAAUAUCAUGGUGAUCCAAGAAGCAGCCCACAGUCUCAAAAUCAUCCAGUGAAGGUGAAUACUGUGCGGUGGCAUAUACAGUUCAGGAUACCUUAUUUAUCCGCUCACUUCUAGCUGAUAUGGGUUUCUACAUACCUCGUCCUGUUCAGCUUUAUUGUGAUCAUGUUUCUGCAUCAUACAUAGUUGUUAAUCCUAUCCAUCAUGGCAUGAGCAAGCAUAUCAAGAUUGACUACUACUUUGUCCGUGAAAGAGUAGCUCAUGGUGACCUUGUUGUCAGAUACAUCCCACUCAGUUUCAGUUAGCUGACAUUUUUAUUAAAAGCUUGUCUAGUCAUGACUUAAUAUUGUUUAAAAUUCAAUCUGCGUGUUGUUUCUCCCACCCUCAUUAAGGUAUUUCAUACGAAUGGCGUGCAAUGCAUCUGACUCGACACCCACAUUCACCCCAAUCACUUGCCUUAACCUAACUUAAGCCUCCCGAAUGCACAACACCUUCGACUCUUGAGAUAUACAAUUGUCUGGCCAAGGUAUUGCAUCCCUUGACAGGAAACUCCGGGAAUCAUCGCCUGCCGAGAAAUAACUAGUGUUUAGUGCCCACAGCCCCACAUAUAGUGGUAUUUGUAUUUUUCACACUUGCCUUUAUUGUAAAAUUAUAAAUGAUUCAUAAUUUUUUUAAUAUUGAUAAGUAUGA